GCGACAAGAGCAUGCAACCGUUUGUAGAAAUUUGAACUCCAUGUUCAGUUUCUAGGGUUCUCUCACUUCCAGCUCGCGGGCUCCCUUUCAGCUUCUCGACAAUAAAAGCUCUUGCCUAGAAUUUAGAAACAUUGCGGCAUGAAAUGAGCUCAGAAGAACGGUGAGAGCGGCCGAGCUCUUCUCAACCCCAAUCCUUGCAGCCGGCUGUUGGUCUUUGAAACUCGUGUUGCUAUUGUCCAGCAGGACUACCAUCGAACGGUUGGAGACCUGAUCCUGGAGGGCAGAUGCGCAGUGUUGCAGAGUUGGUCACCCAUCUAAUCAGAGCAGCAUCUUUGACUCCACACGUAUUGCAGCUUGGCAGAAUGAAGGAGAGCGCUGAGCCAGGCAUGGGUGAGGACCCUGCUCUGGAGCGAUCCUUCCGGGGCCACAAGGAUGCCGUCACCUCCGUCGUCUUCAACCCCAACAUGAAACAGGUCGUCUCAUCUUCACUGGAUGGUGUGGUGAUGGUUUGGAACUUCAAACCGCAGCUGCGGGCCUUCAAGUUUGUGGGCCACAAGGCAUCUGUCUUUGCAGUAGCCUUCUCUCCGGUGGGGGACAUCAUUGCGUCAGGGUCCAAGGACAAGACCAUCAGGCUCUGGGUGCCCACUGUAGAGGGCCGGUCUACGAUCCUGUCGGCUCACACAGCCCCUGUGCGAAGUGUCGCCUUCUCGCAGAAUGGACAGUUCCUAAUAAGUGGCUCAGAUGAUAAGGCCGUCAAGGUCUGGUCAAUGCAAAGCCGGAAGUUCCAGUUCACGUUAUCUGGGCAUAGCAACUGGAUCCGGUCUGCGCAGUUCAGCCCAGAUGGCAGGCUUGCCGUCUCUGGUGGAGACGACAAGACAUCAAAAGUCUGGGAUCUAGAGAGACGUACAUGUCUGCAGACAUAUGACGACCACACAGGGAAUGUGAAUAGCGUCCAGUUCCACCCCGACGGCAAUUGCAUGGUCUCCUGCUCCUCCGACAAGUCCAUCAAGGUGUUCGACGUGCGCACACGGUCCCUGGUGCAGCACUAUGGGGCGCAUACCGGUCCCGUCCAGUCCGUUGACUUCCACCCCUCCGGCAACUUCCUCAUCUCCUCCAGCCAGGACAGCACUCUCAAGGUGUGGGACCUGCGGGAGGGCCACCUGUUCUACACGCUGCACGGCCACGAGGGCCCCUCCACGUGCGCAAACUUCUCGCCAGCGGGCGACUUCUUUGCGUCGGGCGGAGCGGACGAGCAGGUCAUGGUCUGGCGCACCAACUUCGACAGGGCCGUCGAGGGGUACGUACUGGCUGCCACCACCAAGGAGAACGUGCCACCCGCCGCCAGAGACGCUCCUGCGGCCAGCAAGAAGGCUGGCGGUGUGGCGCGGCCGGCUGGGAAAGACGGUCCGGCCCUGCCAACUCCGCGACAGCGUGAAGCAGCGCAGGGACCUGUUGGAAACGAAGCAGGGCCAACAAGAAGGGAGCCUAGGCCAUCAGCGGGGCCAAGUCAAAGAGAGCAGCCGGAGACGCAGGAGGAGACAGCAGUUCCUGCUGCAGAGAGGGCGGCGGAGGCACGCGCGCGCGAGGCACUCCAGGCGACCGCCCCGGCCGCGGCCACGGAGUACGAGGCGCUGGCGUCUACCCUCCAACACAUUGUGGGCCAGCUGGACGUGCUGACGCAGACCAUGGCCAUGUUUGAGGAGCGCUUGACCAUGAACGAGGACAAGGUGAUGCGUCUUGAAAGAAGUCGAAUAACAUCCGACACCGGCACCAAUGGUGACAGAGCAAAGCCUGCAUCUUUGUAGAUCUGGUUGGCAUGACCCGGAAGGUAUAGCAGGUACGAAGUCGGGUUUCCUCGCUCUUGUAUUCCGUCAAAAUGCACUAUUAUGUUAUAUUUGCGGUCAGCUCGCAAGCUGUUUGGGCCGGAGUGCCAACCAGUUGAUCCGUUCGAAGUCAUCCACAAAUCCUGUCAGAAGCUACGCGUGAAUUUCCAUAGCUGACCAAAGCAGAGCUCGCGAGAACUGUGUCACUGGUGCAUCUCAUGGC